ACUGAGUAAGGUCUGAGUCUGGGGAGGGCUACAGGAAGAUAGUGUCUCCAGGGAGGAACCCUGGGGAUAUGGCCCCAUACCAGUGCUGGGCUACUUAAAGACUCUAGCCCAAGGAGGUCUAGAGAGAGAUGCCACCAGCGAGGUACUGAGAUAGGCCCUGUGGACUGUAUCCCCCGGAAGGGGGUUGUGCUGGCUAAUGUGCAGACAGUGUGACUCAGCCGCAGGGCUGACUCACUGAAAACCUGCCUGAGAACCACUGAAAGGGGUCACCAGACCUGAAGAACACAGACACCCCCAAUCAGAAAUGGGCUCUCAUGAGAGGUGGGUGCCAACCCUGGUACACCGAUCCACCACUGCCACAAAGGAAAGUGGACGUGCACCUGCCUUUGCGACCUGAGCAGAUUUCCCAGGCACUUCAACCACAGCGCAGUGUUUCAGGCCGGCUGAGCGCUCUGCGCUGGAUGGAGAUGGCCUUGGUGCUGAUCCCUGCCUUUUGCCUCCUGAGCGGUGCCUACGCCCAGGAGUGGGGCGUGACACUCGCACCAGGGCCCCUCGCUGGAGGGACCGGCUCCUGUGUGACCAUCCCCUGCUCCUUCACCUACCCCGCAGGGCGGACAGUCAGUGCCGUGACCUGGACAUGGGACAGGGAUCAAACCAUCCAUCACUUGGCUGAAGUUCAUGUCCACGCUGCCUACAAGGGGCGCGCCCGCUAUCUGGGGGACCUGCAGCACAACUGCUCCCUGUGGGUGGCGGGGCUGCGCCCCGGCGAUCAGGACACCUACGGCUUCCGGUUCCAUGCAGCGGGCGAUGGCAGGACUGACAGCUGGACGAGUGACCUGGUACAACAGCUCAGUGUCUCUGCCCAUCCGUGCCAGCCCGCCCUGGGGCGCCGAAUGGAACCGGAACCCUCCCUCACCUGCUCCAUGGGGGCCGCCUGCCCCCAUCGCCCCUCGUGGUACAACCGAGAUGGCACACGGUGGAGCCCAGGGCAAACCCUGGGAGGGACUGGGGCGACCGAGCUGCAAAUAUCCCUGUCCCAGCUGGACGCUGGUGUGGCUCUGAGAUGCCAGGUGGAUGGAUACAGGGAUGAGUGUGAUUCUGAUGAAUCCCAGCCUCUGGGGACAGUCACCCCCAACGUGCCCAGGGUCGAGGUUUUGUGGCCAGCUGGGAAGGCAGCGCUAAGGGGAGGCGACGGUUUUACCCUGCGCUGCCAGGCAGCUGCCCUGCAGCCCGUCGCCGGGUACAUCUGGUCCCGCGGGGACGUGUGGCUGCCAGGAGCCGGGCAGGAUUUACGUGUUGAGAAGGCAGCCGUCUCCGACGGAGGGAGCUACGCGUGCGGGGUCUGGGUGUCCGGCCCCAGCUGGGGGUAUCUGAGCCUCUCUGCGAGGGCAGAUGCCCCCACAGGUGUCCGUAUUAAGGCAGUGCCAGGCAUCAGCCCGCAGGAAGGGGAAUCGGUGACGCUAACGUGCAGUUACACCAGCAGCCUCCCCACCCCCAACUCCUACACCUGGUACCGGGGUGGCCAGCAGCUGGAGGGAUCCCGGCAGGAAAUGGUGUUGAAGAGCACCACGGCGGAGCAGGCUGGGGAGUAUCGCUGCCAGGCCGACAAUGGGAUCGGCCAGUCCCUGUCCCCCUGCAUCAACAUCACCAUCACUUCACCCUCCUGUGCGGGUUCCCGCGUACAUCCUAGGACCUACAGUUCUGUUUGUCCUGUUGCUGCUGGUGGGGCUGAUCGGCGCCAUAGCUUGGAGUAAGAGGUGGAGCAAACGCCAGGGACUGAGCAGCGAUCCGCGCUCCCACCGAGGUGUGCCCGGGCUCUCCGGAUGGCAGCGGGGAAUCCCACAUCUACAGUCACCCCAUGAACAUUGG